GUCCGACUCGGCCACGUUCGAUAUUGACGAGCAGUUCAUGUGGGGUGCUGGUUUGUUGAUAUCUCCAGCGCUUCGGCAGGGUCAGGUAGAAGUCGAGGCAUACUUUCCGAAAGCGCGCUGGUACGAUUACUACUCUGGCGCAGAACUUCCUUCUUCGGGCAGGAAUAUAACGCUUCCAACUCCUAUAGAUAAAAUCAACCUUCACGUCCGAGGGGGUCACGUGAUCCCAUGGCAAAGAGAAGCGAACACGACGGUAAUAAGUCGUCAAAAUUCAAUGGGUCUUAUAGUAGGACUGGAUGACGUCGGGCAGGCUAGUGGAUCGCUAUUCUGGGAUGAUGGAGAGUCGUUUGGUGAGUUUCCUCUCGCUCGGUCAGUGGGUCAAGCUAUAGAUUUAGUUUAUGAACAUGUGGAUUCAAAAGCUUAUUUGUAA